AUGCCGAGCUCCCGCAAGAUCAUCCUGCAGCACGUCAUGUCGGGCAUAUGCUCGAAGAUGAACAGAAAGAAGCAACUGCCCUCGGACGUGAUGGAAACGCCGCUCAACCGAUGCCUCAACACCUUCGAUAUCACUCUGUUAGGCGUAGGCCAUAUGAUCGGCGCUGGAAUAUAUGUACUCACCGGAACGGUAACCAAAGACAUAGCGGGACCAGGCAUAAUAAUAUCCUUCCUACUGGCCGGAGCGGCGUGUCUUCUAUCGGCCCUCUGCUACGCGGAAUUCGGCACGAGAGUGCCCAAGGCCGGAUCCGCCUACGUCUACACCUACAUCAGCAUCGGCGAGUUCUGGGCCUUCGUCAUCGGAUGGAACAUCCUCUUGGAGCACAUGAUCGGUGCUGCUUCGGUGGCGCGCGCCUGGAGCGGCUACAUCGACUCCUUGUUCAACAACGCCAUCAGCAACGCCACGAUGUCGUUGACGGGGGAGAUGCACGAGCAACAGCUGAGCAAAUACCCCGACUUGCUGGCGUUCGCCGCCUGCCUGGCCUACGCCGGGCUGCUGGGCGUCGGCGUCAAGACCUCCACGAUGGUCAACAGCCUGCUGACGAUGGUGAAUCUCCUAGUGAUGGGUUUAGCGGUGGCGGUGGGGUUUCUCUACGCCGACGUGGGGAAUUGGACGGAGCAGAAAGGCGGUUUCUUGCCGUACGGGUUCGGCGGCGUGAUGGCGGGAGCGGCGACUUGUUUCUACGCCUUCGUGGGUUUCGAUAGCAUCGCGACGUCGGGCGAGGAGGCGGAGAAUCCGUCGUUUUCCAUACCGACGUCGACCGUUUUGUCGAUGGGCAUCGUCACCGUGGGGUACGUUUUGGUGGCGUCGGCGCUCACCCUGAUGGUGCCCUAUAACGAAAUCGACGCCAACGCCGCCCUGCCGGAGGCCUUCAACAAAAUCGGAGUACACUGGGUCAGAUAUGUCAUAUCGUUGGGCGCCAUUUGCGGCAUGACCACCACGUUGUUCGGAUCGCUGUUCUCCUUACCGAGAUGCAUGUACGCUAUGGCGCAAGACGGGCUACUCUUCAGCUUCCUAGGCAACAUCAAUACCAAAACGCAAUUGCCGCUCGUCAAUUUGAUGAUUUCCGGAGUGUUUUCCGCUCUCAUCGCCCUUCUCUUCGACCUGGAGAAACUCGUCGAAUUCAUGUCGAUCGGCACUCUAUUGGCCUACACCAUCGUCAGCGCUUCUGUUAUAAUACUCAGAUACCGGCCGAGCUUCGAAGCGUCGCGAGCGAAACCGGCGCCGGCGACGCCGGGCUCGGACAUGUCGAGCACGACGUCGGAGGCGGCGUCGACGCCCGUGCUGGAGGCGGCCGAUCCCGCCGGCACGCUGAGGGCCGGCUACGGCUGGCUGGGGCCGGUGUUCGGCCGGUGCGAGCCCGGCUCGGCGGUGGCGGGGGCGGUUUUCGCCUAUACAAUGUUCAGCUGCGCCCUGUGCGUGCUGAUGCAGCGGCUCGCCGCCGGCGAGGCGGCGGGAGGCGGCGCGUGGUGCUCGGCUUUCUUCGUCGGAGCGUUUGUGUUCGUGAUGAGCGCUAGUUUAUUGGUAAUCAACGCUCACCAUCAAAACACCGAGGGUUUGCGAUUCAAAGUGCCUUUGGUACCGCUUUUACCGGCCAUAAGUAUCUUAUGCAACAUCGAGUUUAUGGUAAACUUGAAUAUACUCACUUGGUUGAGGUUCUUCGUUUGGAUGGUGAUAGGUAUGUUGGUGUAUUUCUUGUAUGGCAUCCAUCACAGCAAAGAGGGCGAUGGGAAUUCGUCGUACUCGAUUCUGAUGACUUCGUCGGAGGCGGGGAAGGAGAAAUGGGGCGCCAUUAGCGCCGUCAAGGCGGCGCUGACGAGGAGAAAGGGUUCGCUGGGGGAAAGGGGGGCCAUCGUGGACGAAGAGGAGAGCUCUGAGUAG